AUGUAUGCAAAAUCUAUUGGUCUCUUGGCAGGGGGCUCCUCUGGUAGGACCCCUCUAAAGGUCGCUGAGGGUACCGCCGCCUCUUGGGAGCCACUGCUUCUGGAAGAUCCCUUAGGGGCACCACUGACCCUGAGGGUCGCCCCUGGGGGCAUUGCUUCCCCUAGGAAGAGCCCCUUGGGGGUCCCUACAGUGACAGUGUCUCCUGGAGCCCUUGCAUUUGUCCUACCAGGUGCAACGCCCCCAGGGGCUCUCCCAGGGGUGUUGGAGCCCCCAGGAGCCCUACCAAGGGAGGGGGCGCCCCCAGGGGCCCGGCCAGGGGCAGCGGCGCUCCUGCCGGGGCCUCCCAUGGGCAACGGCGUCCAAAGGUGGCCCUUCCAGAGGCGGGGGAGUCCCCAGGGGGCCUUCUGGGGAAGUGGGGCUCCUAGGGGAUCUUGCAGGGGUGGCAGCGACCCCAGGGGCUCGCCAAGGGAAAAAGGCGCCCCCAGGGCCAUUCCUUAG